CAGAAAUUCUAAUGAUUGACCGGCACCAUCUGACCAGUGGACUGCAUAUGUAGAAAUGGGCAUAGUGCCUUUGGAGCCAACAUGUAACAGGUGGAUACUACUCCGUGCUGAUUAGUGCUGUAAGCCAACACCUUUUUGAUUGUAUAUGCCUUUGUCUCUUCAUCUUUGAAUUUCAAUAACUACUGUUGGCAAAUAAAAUAAAAAGAGUUCAUGUAGUUUUUUCCAAACUUGGGUCACCAUGAGUAGCUUAGGAAAAGAAAAAGACUCUAAAGAGAAAGAUCCCAAAGUACCAUCAGCUAAAGAAAGAGACAAAGAGGCAAAAGCUUCUGGAGGUUUUGGGAAAGAGAGCAAAGAAAAGGAACCUAAGACCAAAGGGAAAGAUGCCAAAGAUGGGAAGAAGGACUCCAGUGCUACCCAACCAGGAGUGGCCUUUUCAGUUGACAAUACGAUCAAACGGCCAAAUCCAGCACCUGGGACUAGGAAAAAAUCCAGCAAUGCAGAAGUGAUCAAAGAGCUCAACAAAUGUCGGGAAGAGAAUUCAAUGCGUUUGGACUUAUCCAAGAGGUCUAUACACAUAUUGCCCUCAUCAAUCAAAGAGUUGACUCAAUUAACAGAACUUUAUUUAUAUAGUAACAAAUUGCAGUCUCUCCCAGCAGAGGUGGGCUGUCUAGUAAACCUUGUGACACUGGCUCUAAGUGAAAAUUCACUCACCAGUUUGCCAGACUCUCUUGAUAACUUGAAGAAGCUACGGAUGCUUGAUUUACGGCAUAACAAACUGAGAGAAAUCCCUUCAGUGGUAUACAGGUUAGAUUCUCUCACCACCCUUUACCUUCGCUUUAAUCGUAUAACUACUGUGGAAAAGGACAUCAAGAACCUGUCAAAGCUCAUUAUGCUCAGCAUUCGAGAGAACAAAAUCAAACAACUACCUGCUGAAAUUGGUGAUUUAUGUAACCUCAUUACGCUGGAUGUAGCUCACAAUCAACUUGAACACCUUCCAAAGGAGAUUGGAAACUGCACACAGAUAACCAUUGACUUGCAGCACAAUGAACUGCUAGACCUCCCAGAUACUAUAGGAAACCUGUCCAGUUUAAGUCGUCUUGGUCUGAGAUAUAACAGGCUGUCAGCAAUACCCCGGUCAUUGGCAAAGUGUAGUGCACUUGAAGAAUUAAAUGUAGAGAACAAUAACAUAUCUACUUUGCCAGAGACUCUUUUAUCAAGUCUUGUGAAACUGAAUAGUCUGACCCUAGCUAGAAACUGCUUUCAGUUAUAUCCAAUGGGUGGUCCAUCUCAGUUUUCCACCAUUUAUUCCCUCAACAUGGAACACAAUCGAAUCAAUAAAAUCCCAUUUGGAAUUUUCUCCAGAGCAAAAGUAUUAAGUAAGCUGAAUAUGAAGGACAAUCAGUUAACAUCACUUCCCUUGGAUUUUGGAACUUGGACCAGUAUGGUAGAAUUGAAUUUAGCCACUAAUCAGCUGACAAAGAUCCCUGAGGAUGUGUCUGGUCUCGUUUCUCUUGAGGUUCUAAUAUUAUCAAAUAAUCUUCUAAAGAAGCUUCCCCAUGGUCUUGGAAACCUUCGGAAGUUAAGGGAACUGGAUCUAGAGGAGAACAAAUUGGAAUCCUUGCCAAACGAAAUUGCUUAUCUUAAGGAUUUACAGAAAUUAGUCUUGACAAACAACCAGUUGACCACUCUUCCCAGAGGCAUCGGUCACCUUACCAAUCUUACACAUCUAGGCCUUGGAGAGAAUCUACUUACUCACCUUCCUGAGGAAAUUGGUACACUGGAGAACCUAGAAGAACUGUAUUUGAAUGACAACCCCAACCUACAUAGCCUUCCCUUUGAGCUGGCUCUCUGCAGCAAGCUUUCAAUCAUGAGUAUCGAGAACUGUCCGCUCAGUCACCUUCCACCUCAGAUUGUUGCUGGGGGACCUUCUUUCAUCAUCCAGUUCCUCAAGAUGCAGGGUCCAUAUCGUGCCAUGGUCUGAUACAAAUCCACUGGUCCCACACACUGUUCAAAAAUAGACUGCCAUUAAUGUCUCAUAUCUUUAUCUGUAUCUAUUUAUGUAGAUAUUGAUAUAUAUGGCAGAUUUAUAAAGACUGCAUUAUGUGUUUUAUGCUAAUAGAGGAAUCAUAGCCAUUUAGAUUUUUUUUUUUUUAAAUUCUGUAUAAAAGCUUAUAUAAGUUUUCUUUGCUGAACUUGAUGGAUGUUUUUCUCUUGUGUAAUCUGAUAUGCCAGUAUGCUUAAGACAUUUGCCAACAAAUUAUCAAGUUAUUAAAUUUAAGG